CGCCGGGGAGGUGGGGCCGGGCCGGGCGGGAGGAGGAGGAGGAGGAAGAAGCGGGACGGGACGGGACGCGGAGCCGCCGCAGCCAGAUGCCCAGGAGGAAGGAGGUGCCGGCGCUGGGCAGCCUCUGCCUGCAGAGCCUGGCCCGGCACAUGCAGAGCGUCUGGGUGAAGGACUACAGCGAGAACUACCUGGAUGAGUACCAAUUCCGCUUCGUCAUGGGCCCCUUUAACAACCUGGCCGGCAGCUUGGUGCAGGACCUGAUCCGGCUGCUGGGCGAGAGCCGGCGCCUGACGCGGGCAGCGCUCCACCUGCUCCUGCUGCCUCACCUGCGGGAGCUGAGCCUGCGCCCCUGCCCCGGCCUCGCCAGCAACGCCAUCGGCCAGCUCGUCACCCUGCGCUGCAAGAGCCUGAGCUCCCUGGACCUGCACGGCUGCAGCCGGCUGUCGGCGGACGUGCUGGUGGACCUGGCAGAGGGGCUGCCACAGCUGAGCCGGCUGGGGCUGGCGGAGACGCAGGCCAACGUCCAGGUGCUCUCGGCCGUGGGCUCCUGCUGCCGGCGCCUGCAGGAGCUGGACGUGUCCCACUGCAAGAAGGUGUCCCCGCGCGCCCUGCGGCACCUGGCCUACGACCCGCUGGCGCGGUCCCUCUGCUGCCCCGCGCUCCGGGUCCUGCUGGCCCGCGGCCUGGAGCCCGGGGGGGACAGCAGCAUGGUGGCGGUGCUGGCCUUCCUGCUGCUGGCCCUGCCGCACCUGGACUUCCUGGCCCACAGCGCCGUGCCGGACGCCCUCUGCCUCCUCCACGGGCAGCAGCUGGAUGACGCGAGGGAUGCCGAGGGCUUCCCCUCGCUGGAGGAGCUGGCGCGGUGGCGGGGGGCUGCCCCGGGGGGGCCCCGGCUCACCCUGCCCCUGCGGCAGGUGGAGGAGGUGGAGGAGCCCUCCCUGGCCGCCGUCCACGCCGUCUGUCCCCAGGCCGAGGAGGUCGGCGUGUGGCUGGGGGAUGGCCCGGGACCGGCGGGCGGCUGGGAGCUGCUGGGCUGGGGCCGCCUGGCCCGGCUGACCCUGGGCUGCACCGGGCGGCAGGGCCGGGUGCUGGCAGAGGUGCUGCCGCUGGCACGGAGCCUGGGCCCCCGCCUGCAGACCCUGGCCCUGCACGGCUUCUGCUGCCAGGACGAGCUCUCGCUGGCCGCCCUGCUCGCCAGCUGCCCCGGCCUGCAGAGCUUCAGCGUCGAGCUGUACGCCCCGCUGGACGCCGACCCCGACGGGGAGACCCCAGCCGAGCCGCCCCGCUGGGACACCGACCUGCUGCCCCAUGCCCUGCCCCAGCUCCGGAGCUUCUCCCUGACCCUGGCCGGCACCAUCGGCGUCUUCCCGGCCGCGCACGGGCUGGCGCUGCGUGCCACGCUGGCCUCGCUGCUGUGCCAUGCCCCGCGCCUGCAGACCCUCCGCCUGCUCGGCGUCCCCUUCCCGCUGGACUCGGUGUUCGAGACGGUGCUGGUGGCGCCGGGGCCGCCCCUACUCGAGCUGCAGGAGCUCUCGCUGGCCGAGAGCCGGGUGUCCAGCCGGACUGUGUGGCUGCUGCUGGCCUCUGAGGGCCGCCUGCACCGCCUGGACCUGUCCCGCUGCCGGGACAUCCACCGGCGGGACUAUGACGGCUUCCUGCAGGCGGUGCGGAAGCAGCGGCUGGACCUGGACAUUGCCUGGGAGUAGCCGGCGCUGGCUGCACAGGGCCUUUUAAUAAAGGAGUUACACUGC